AUGGCCAGCAGUACUUCCACUUCCGCUUCCGCUUCCUCCUCCAUCAAAACUAACAGUGCCUUAGUUUCCAACAAUGUCGUUGCCGCCUCUUCCGUCUCUGCUACUUCUACUGCUAGUUCCAGUGCCGCUAAGAACACUACUUCCAGUUCAAAGAACGCUGCUCCAGGCAUGGUUGCAAACCCUGUUUCCUCGAAGUACGGUAUCAUCAUGGCCGCAUUUGCUGCUGUUUCUUUCGUCCUAGGCACCGGUAUUUAA